ACUCAAAAGAUGACAAGCCCCGGCGCUGGAGCGCAUCUCCAGCUAGUCCAGCCCUGCCCACCUCCCUUUUUGCAGACCGAGACCCAGGUUUGGGAUUUCCAGAGCCCGGGAUUUCCCGGCCCUCCCACCCCAUCCUCCGGCCACUCCGCUGCUGCUGGCCCUGCACGGCCCGGGGCAGCCCUGCCGGGCGGCGGGCGAGACUUGGCCGGGACUCCCGGGGGGACCCCGCCGUCGGGGCAGCCCCCACGCGGGCGCCGCCCAGCCUGGCCGCCGGGGGCCGCGCUCGCUCGCCGCUGCGCACUCGCCGGGGAGCCGCGGCCGAGGGCGGAGGCUGGGAGGGAGCGACGGGGCUGGGAGGGGUGCUGGCGAGCGCUCGCGCGCUGUGUAUGGUCUAUCGCAGGCAGCUGACCUUUGAGGAGGAAAUCGCUGCUCUCUGCUCCUUCCUGUAGUAACAGCCGCCGCCGCCGCCCGCAGCCCGGGCCCGAGCGCACCGCGGGGCGCAGAGCGGGGCCCCCGCCGCACGGCUCGGCCACAUCAGGUGAGCGGACAUGGCGCGCUGGAUCCAGGCCCAGCAGCUGCAAGGAGAUGCCCUGCGCCAGAUGCAGGUCCUCUACGGGCAGCACUUCCCCAUCGAGGUCCGGCACUACCUAGCGCAGUGGAUUGAGAGCCAGCCCUGGGAUGCCAUCGACCUGGACAACCCCCAGGACCGAGCCCAAGCCACCCAGCUCCUGGAGGGCCUGGUGCAGGAGCUGCAGAAGAAGGCGGAGCAUCAGGUGGGGGAAGAUGGGUUCUUGCUGAAGAUCAAGCUGGGGCACUACGCCACGCAGCUGCAGAACACGUAUGACCGCUGCCCCAUGGAGUUGGUCCGCUGCAUCCGCCACAUCCUGUACAAUGAACAGAGGCUGGUCCGAGAAGCCAACAACGGUACCGCUCCAGCUGGCAGUCUCGUGGACGCCAUGUCCCAGAAACACCUUCAGAUCAACCAGACAUUCGAGGAGCUGCGACUGGUCACGCAGGACACAGAGAAUGAGCUGAAGAAGCUGCAGCAGACUCAAGAGUACUUCAUCAUCCAGUACCAAGAGAGCCUGAGGAUCCAGGCUCAGUUUAGCCAGCUGAACCCCCAGGACCGUCUGAACCGGGAGACUGCUCUCCAGCAGAAGCAGGUGUCCCUAGAGGCCUGGCUCCAGCGUGAGGCCCAGACUCUGCAGCAGUACCGCGUGGAGCUGGCCGAGAAGCACCAGAAGACCCUGCAGCUGCUGCGGAAGCAGCAGACCAUCAUUCUGGACGACGAGCUGAUCCAGUGGAAGCGGCGGCAGCAGCUGGCUGGGAACGGAGGGCCCCCUGAGGGCAGCCUGGAUGUGCUGCAGUCCUGGUGUGAGAAGUUGGCCGAGAUCAUCUGGCAGAACCGGCAGCAGAUCCGCAGAGCUGAGCACCUCUGCCAGCAGCUGCCCAUCCCCGGCCCAGUGGAGGAGAUGCUGGCGGAGGUCAACGCCACCAUCACGGACAUCAUCUCAGCCCUGGUGACCAGCACGUUCAUCAUCGAGAAGCAGCCCCCUCAGGUCCUGAAGACCCAGACCAAGUUUGCGGCCACCGUGCGCCUGCUGGUGGGGGGGAAGCUGAACGUGCACAUGAACCCGCCCCAGGUGAAGGCCACCAUCAUCAGCGAGCAGCAGGCCAAGUCGCUGCUCAAGAACGAGAACACUCGCAACGAGUGCAGCGGGGAGAUCCUGAACAACUGCUGUGUGAUGGAGUACCACCAGGCCACCGGCACCCUCAGCGCCCACUUCAGGAACAUGUCACUGAAGAGGAUCAAGCGCGCUGACCGGCGGGGCGCAGAGUCCGUGACGGAGGAGAAGUUCACGGUCUUGUUUGAGUCUCAGUUCAGUGUUGGCAGCAAUGAGCUUGUGUUCCAGGUGAAGACCCUGUCCCUCCCCGUGGUUGUCAUCGUGCACGGCAGCCAGGACCACAAUGCUACUGCCACCGUGCUGUGGGACAACGCCUUCGCCGAGCCAGGCCGGGUGCCAUUCGCCGUGCCCGACAAAGUGCUGUGGCCGCAGCUGUGUGACGCGCUCAACAUGAAAUUCAAGGCUGAGGUGCAGAGCAACCGGGGCCUGACCAAGGAGAACCUCGUGUUCCUGGCACAGAAGCUCUUUAACAGCAGCAGCAGCCACCUCGAGGACUACAGCAGCAUGUCGGUGUCCUGGUCCCAGUUCAACAGGGAGAACCUGCCGGGCUGGAAUUACACCUUCUGGCAAUGGUUCGAUGGGGUCAUGGAGGUGCUGAAGAAGCAUCAUAAGCCCCAUUGGAAUGACGGGGCCAUCCUAGGUUUUGUUAAUAAGCAACAGGCCCACGACCUGCUCAUCAAUAAGCCUGAUGGGACCUUCUUGCUGCGCUUUAGCGACUCCGAAAUCGGGGGCAUCACCAUUGCCUGGAAGUUUGACUCUCCUGACCGCAACCUGUGGAACCUGAAGCCGUUCACCACGCGGGACUUCUCUAUCCGGUCCCUGGCCGACCGGCUGGGGGACCUGAGCUAUCUCAUCUACGUGUUCCCAGACCGGCCCAAGGACGAGGUCUUCUCCAAGUACUACACUCCUGUGCUCGCUAAAGCAGUGGACGGGUAUGUGAAGCCGCAGAUCAAGCAAGUGGUCCCUGAGUUUGUAAAUGCCUCUGCAGACUCUGCGGGGGGCAGCGCCACCUACAUGGACCAGGCCCCCUCCCCAGCCGUGUGCAACCAGGCUCACUUUAACAUGUACCCACAAAACCCUGACCCGGUCCUGGACCAAGAUGGAGACUUCGACCUGGACGAGACCAUGGACGUGGCGCGCCACGUGGAGGAGCUCCUGCGCCGCCCGAUCGACAGCCUGGACCCCCGCCUCUCCCCGCCUGCUGGUCUCUUCACCUCGGCCAGAGGCUCACUGUCCUGAACGUUUGGAGCCUACACUUCUCCGGGGAAAUAAUGCUUA